UGCCGGAGCGAUCGGAGCUGGUUUUCUUCUUCAACCUGCAAACGACGCAACCACCACGAUCAUCUCGUCGUCGACGUAGCCACUUCCGAAAAGAAUAACUGUUCCUUCCCUCACAAUCGUCCCGCAACAUCGCGAAAUCAAUAUAGAGAAGUCAAGGAGAAUCAUUAGUUUUUUCUUUAUUUAUUGGUGCUGCUGUUGGUUGUGGUGGUGGAGAUGGUGUUAGUGGGUAGAGCGAAUAUUUUAGUUUAAAUCCGAUUUUAGUGAAGAGUUGAAAAAGUGAAAGAACAGUGCGCGAGUGUUGUUAUUGUUAUAUGAUGAAGAUAAUAAUAAUUAUUAUGAAUUUGUUUGUCGGUGGCACGUCGGGGUGGUCGUGCAUUCAUUGAUUAAUUAUACGUCGUCGUCGUUGUCGUCGUCCCGUGUUUGUUUGUUGUUGCUUUUGCUUCGAGAAGAGAUGCAUCUGCAUUUCGAGAAGACUGUAAACGCGAGAAGCGAUUGUUCGAUCCUCUCGCUGACGUGGAUGGGCAAGGUGCCGGACGAACUGCCAGAGGAUGAAGGAUGGAAAUUGAACAGGACGAAUUACUAUCAGGAGGGUUGGCUCGCAACUGGAAAUAUCCGUGGAAUUGUCGGUGUGACGUUCACGACUAGUCACUGCAAGAAGAACGUGGAUUUUCCGCUGAGAACAAAUUACAAUUUGCGCGGUCACAGAUCGGAGGUGAUACUGGUGAAAUGGAACGAACCAUAUCAAAAGCUCGCAUCGUGCGACAGUUCCGGCAUAAUAUUCGUGUGGAUCAAAUACGAGGGUCGAUGGUCCAUCGAGUUGAUCAACGAUCGAAAUACACCGGUCACGCAUUUCUCGUGGUCGCACGACGGAAGGAUGGCCCUCAUCUGCUAUCAGGAUGGUUUCGUGCUUGUCGGAUCUGUGGCUGGUCAAAGGUAUUGGUCUUCGAUGUUGAAUUUGGAAGCGACGAUCACGUGCGGCAUUUGGACGCCGGACGAUCAGCAGGUUUACUUUGGCACAAACACCGGACAAAUCAUAGUGAUGGACGUGCACGGUGCGAUGGUCUCUCAGGUGCAGCUCACUGCUGACGUGGGAAUCGCGUCGAUGGCCUGGAGCUGCGAAAAGUUUAAAAUGGAAGAGGGUGAAGACCAGAAUAACACCAGCAACGCAGCAGAUUCAUCGUAUCUAUCGUCGUAUCCUCAGUCAUCAGCACCACCACCAUCUCAGCCUCCUUCUCCGUCGGCAGAGAAAAAGUUCGUGCUUGCUGUCGGCCUUCAGAACGGAUACAUCUAUCUACUGAAGACCUUCGACGAUGUCUCACCGGUUCAGGUAGAUACGCAGAUGCAGGGACCUGUUUGCAUGGAGUGGAGCAAUUCCAGAGAACUUUUAGCCGUCGCCGGAGUCUCGAGCAGAUCAAAUCUAAACCGUCAUCAUCCACACAACGUCGACGAUCACCAUCACCACAACAGCAGCAGCAACAACAACAACAAUAACGCUGACGAGGAAGACGUCCUCAAUCAACUAAAGUUUUAUAACGAUCGAGGUGUACUCCUCUACGCCGUACCAAUUCCAAACGUUCAGGGCGGUGGAGGAGUAGGUGGUGUUUGUGGAGGACCAGUAACCGCGAUGACCUGGGGCCACAACGAUAAAAGACUCUUCGUCGCAACCGGAACGCAGAUUCACAUCGCGUGGAUCUCCCGUCGAAUCGCCACCCUUCAGCUCCUCUGCAGACUGCAAAUUCACGGAUCCAUCAGGAGCGAUGCGCAAGUCUCGAAAUUGCCGUUGCCGCCGAGGAUUCGGAAUCUCAUCGGAAAUCUUUUUGCGCAGACGAUACGUUGCUGCGUUCCUGGUACGAGCGCUCUUCGGGAAUUCGUGUCUCGACCACCGAACGGUUCGGUGCGUUUGCACUGCACGAUGAUCAGGCAUGAUGAGGAUUCGACGAGCGCCUCGACCGGUACCUGCUACACCCUGUAUCUAGAGUAUCUGGGUGGAUUGGUGCCGUUGCUCAAAGGGAAGAGGACGAGCAAAAUACGACCGGAAUUCGUUAUAUUCGAUCCGCAGAUGGAGGACGAAGAUCUCCUCGUCUUUGGCGUGUCCUGCUCGACCGCGCCACCGUCGCCAUCACCUGCAGCAGUAUCAACGGCGGCGGCAGCGGCGGCUGCGGCUGCUGUAUCGUCGCAACAAUCAUCAUCCUCGGCAACUCUCCUUCAGUGGUCGCCGGAUUCAAAGAGUUCCGGCUCAUCGAGUCAAUCGACGAGCGGCGGUAAUUUGGCAAGCGAUUCUUCUGAUAGCGAUCGUGACGAGGGCGGCGGUGGAUGUGCCGCUUCGCCGCGAAUGCAGAGACGAAGGAAGAGACGCAACAAAUACCAGAGGUUACCGUCUGAGAAGCAAUCCGGUGGUGGAGGAAGAGGAGGAAGGAGCAGUUCGGGCGAUGCCGGAGACCUGGAGGAUCUCGCAUACGUCGAUACAUUACCCGAACACGUGCGUCUCGUCGAGGUGACAUCGAACAUCUGGGGCACUAAAUUCAAGAUCCACGGACUCGACAAUUCCGUUCCGGCGAAUCUCGGUCAAGUCACGUACAAAACGUCGCUCCUCCAUCUGCAGCCCAGACAGAUGACACUGAUGAUGACCGAGCUGCGAGACGAUUUCCCCGUCGGUCCCGAUCCCAACUUCAAUCCGAACCUCUUCUCCGAAGAUGAAGAGGAUCUGAUUCAGCUCGAGGAGAAGUCGCGCAUUCAGAGGACGUCGUCAUCGGUCAUUGACAAUUCACCGCCGAUCGCACCGAUGUCACCGUUGAACGGACGAUUUGCCAGGUCCUCCAAAGCGACUACAAAUAUCAACACAACCGCCGCGACGACGACAACGGAACAUUCGACUCCCAAACCUCUGAUCCCGGCAUUGGCCAAAGCCGAAUCGUACGAGGACGAGUUUCCUUAUGUCGAAUUAACGCGCACCUCUACUUCUGCAGCAAACAACAACCAUCAUCAUCAUCAUCACCAUAAUAAUAGUCAACUAUUUUUACAAAACACGAUUACGACGACGACGACGGCAACAACCACAACCAGCUUCGUCGGAGUGGGUAGCCAAAGACACGCGAUAUCUCCACUGUAUUGCGAAGGUUCCGUGGUUCCGACACUUCAAUCUCCGAAGAAUGCGGUAGCCCCAAGUGACAUUAUCUUUGAACGACCACCAGCGCAAACGCUCAUAUCCGAUUACCAAAAUGGAGUGCAAUCGAUGAAGACGAGCUUCCUCAACGAUUACAAUCAUCAUCAUCAUCAUCAACACCACCACCACAAUCACCACCACCACCAUCAUCUUCGAAACAGCAGCUCGACGUCUUCCGCGCAAUCAUCAGACACCACCACCACCAAAUCUCUGCUGAGAAAGUUGAACACCGGCAUCAGCGUAGAUUCGAGCGUCAGAAGAAAGGAUAAGCAGAAAGCGGGGUUCGUGGAAGAGGAAGCUGCCGCAGGACCAUCGACGAACGCGACUCGUCCGAUGCUCAUAGCCGAUUCGAUGGUGAGGAGUUGCAGCGUCGGUUAUUUGGAUAUGGUGGACGAGGCGCAGACGGUAUCAAACGAGGUGGCAUUACUCAUCUUGAGAAAAGACGUUCCCAAGAGAUUGGUGCUGGUCAAUCGCAAGAAGCAGCAGCAACACAACAGCAAUCAUCAUCAGCAGCAGCAGCAGCAAAGAAGACAACAGCAGCAGAGGAGGUGCCAAUCCAAUACGAAACCUCCGGAUCUGAAGACGUGCGGGAAAUCUAAAAGUUUAGACUCUAGCGAUAUCUUUCACGGAACUUCAUCGAAACCGUCCAAAGAGGAGAGUAGAACGGAGGGAACUGUCGAAGAACAAAUUCAUCCACCUGCGCCAUCCGCACCAACAUCGCCCGCCGUCCCAACUCCAUCAGCAGCAGCAGCAGCAGUAGCAACAAGCACAAACAUUACUGCAGCCACCAAAAAAGAGAGCAAAUUAAGUUUCUUCGUGUCGAAAUCCCCUCUGAUGAGACGCAAGAAACCAACGCAAAACACUGAAGAUGAUGGUAAACAGAAAAGCAGGAGUCGCAGCAAGGAGAAGAGCAAGAGCAAGAAGAACGGUGGUUACGAGGGUGGUGGAAGUGGUUUAUCGUUACACACGCACGCCCUCAUCACCCUCGAGAAUCUUCUGACACGUCUGAGAGAGGAGAGCGGAAAAUCAGCAACCUCUACAUCCUCAUCUGCGACGUCACCACGUUUGCCGAGGAGUUCACCGGCUUCGCCGGCGCCCUGCAAAAAAGGUAAAAGACCGCAAUCCGCUUCGCCCAUACGCAAGCACAUAUUGUCUUCGCCGCUCCUGGGCGGAAGACGUUUCAAGAAGAACAGACUGCUGGAAAGUUCCGACGACGAGGUAACCGAUACAGGUGGAAGUGGAGGUGGAGACGAUGUCUGCAACGGCACGAAUUAUCGCAAUCUAGAGACAUUCCAGAAGGCACAGCUUCGGCAAAAGUUGAAACGUGGUAACGGCAAUGGUGGUAAUCAGUGCGUAACAGCUACAACAUCAUCUUCUUCGUCAUCAUCAUCGUCAACAUCGUCUUCAACUUCAACAACAGUAACUGCGGUGCAGCAGCCGCAGAGACGUGAAUUCGUGAUGCACAACAAGGCGCCGAUGUGGAAUGAAAACAGUCAGGUGUAUCAGUUGGAUUUCGGUGGGAGGGUGACGCAGGAAUCGGCGAAGAACUUUCAGAUCGAGUUCAAAGGGUCGAAGCAAGCAGUAAACAGCAACAACGGCAACGGCAACAGCAACAGCAGCAACCGAACAGCGACCGAAAUCGUGAUGCAGUUCGGCAGGAUCGACGGAAACGCCUACACCUUGGACUUUCAGUAUCCGUUCUCGGCAUUGCAGGCAUUCGCCGUCGCAUUGGCUAACGUCACGCAGAGACUCAAGUAAAUAACAUCUACAGAAGCAACAACAGAAAGAGG